AGCCGCUCGGGAGGGUCUCGGCCGCCGACGCUAACGCUCUUUCUCCCUUCAGCAGCCAGCCAGCUCUGUGUCAGGGUCGGGGGGUGCAGAAAGUCAGGACAGAAUGAGGGAUAGCUCGGCCCCCAGCUCGGCCUCCUCGUCAGUGACAGAUCUGUACUGCACCCCUCACAGCAGUAGGUCAGACCUCGUCCUGCCUGGCACGGCCGGGGACUUCAGCCUGAGCGCCAGUCUGUCGGCCUGUACGCUGCUUUAUGAGGGGGCCGUGGAGCCCAUGCAGAUUGACGUGGACCCCCAGGAGGACCCACAGAAUGCACCUGAUGUCAACUACGUGGUGGAGAACCCCACCCUGGAUCUGGAGCAGUACGCCGCCAGCUAUAGCGGCCUGAUGCGCAUUGAGCGGCUGCAGUUCAUUGCUGACCACUGCCCCCCUCUGCGGGUGGAGGCCCUGAAGAUGGCCCUCUCCUUUGUGCAGCGGACCUUUAACGUGGACGUGUACGAGGAGAUCCACCGGAAGCUCUCAGAGGCCACCAGGGAGCUCCAGAACACACCGGACGCCAUCCCCGAGAGUGGCGUGGAGCCCCCGCCCCUGGACACGGCCUGGGUGGAGGCCACGCGGAAGAAGGCCCUGCUGAAGCUGGAGAAGCUGGACACGGACCUCAAGAACUACAAGGGCAACUCCAUCAAGGAGAGCAUCAGGCGUGGCCACGAUGACCUGGGCGACCACUACCUCGACUGUGGGGACCUCAGCAACGCCCUCAAGUGUUACUCCCGGGCCCGAGACUAUUGUACCAGCGCCAAGCACGUCAUCAACAUGUGCCUCAAUGUCAUCAAGGUCAGUGUCUACUUGCAAAAUUGGUCUCACGUGCUGAGCUACGUCAGCAAGGCCGAGUCCACCCCGGAGAUUGCCGAGCAGCGAGGAGAGCGCGACAGCCAGACCCAGGCCAUCCUCACCAAGCUCAAGUGCGCCGCAGGCCUGGCUGAGCUGGCUGCGAGAAAGUACAAGCAGGCUGCCAAGUGCUUCCUGCUGGCCUCGUUCGAUCACUGCGACUUCCCUGAGCUGCUGUCCGCCAGCAACGUGGCUGUCUAUGGCGGCCUCUGUGCCUUGGCCACCUUUGACCGGCAGGAGCUGCAGCGCAACGUCAUUUCCAGCAGCAGCUCUUUCAAGCUGUUCCUGGAGCUGGAGCCCCAGGUUCGAGACAUCAUCUUCAAAUUCUACGAGUCCAAGUACGCCUCUUGUCUGAAGAUGCUGGAUGAGAUGAAGGACAACCUGCUCUUGGACAUGUACCUGGCUCCCCACGUCAGGACCCUGUACACUCAGAUUCGCAACCGUGCCCUCAUCCAGUAUUUCAGUCCCUACGUGUCGGCCGACAUGCACAAGAUGGCAGUAGCCUUCAACACCACGGUGGCGGCCCUGGAAGACGAGCUGACGCAGCUCAUCCUGGAAGGACUCAUCAACGCCCGCGUGGACUCGCACAGCAAGAUCCUGUACGCCCGGGACGUGGACCAACGCAGCACCACGUUCGAGAAGUCCCUGCUGAUGGGCAAGGAGUUCCAGCGCCGCGCCAAGGCCAUGAUGCUGAGGGCGGCCGUGCUGCGCAACCAGAUCCACGUCAAGUCCCCCGCCCAGAGAAGGCAGCCAGGGGGAGCUGACUCCGGCCAACAGCCAGUCUCGGAUGAGCACCAACAUGUGAGGGCUGCCGCCGCCAGGACCGCCUGCACGCCCCCCCCGCCCUUGGCCACGGCCCCCGGGGCUUCCUGCCUGCGCCCUCCAGGGGAGCCCCUCCACCCCAUCGUGCCGUGCUGGGGGCCUAGGGAGGCUGGUGGGCUGCCAGCUGGGGCCCUUCCUGGAAAGAGGGGCCUGCAGGGCUCCACCCUGUGGGUGUCCAUCCCCAGGGACCUGCUGCAGUGCCAGCCCCUCCCGUCCGUGCAUUGUAUGGCGCAGCUGACUGACUAGGCGAUUAAAGCAGGUUGAGCGUU